CGGCGGCGGGGGAGGAGGAGGAGGAGGCGGCGGAGGAGGAGAAGGAGGCGGCCAGUCUGCUGCUGCUUGGUCCGGCUGGGCUGCUGGAAGGGAGGCCAUGCAGGCUCGCUAUUCGGUGUCCAGCCCCAACUCGCUGGGAGUGGUACCUUACCUCGGCGGCGAGCAGAGCUACUACCGGGCGGCAGCCGGAGGGGGCUACGCGGCCAUGCCUGCCCCCAUGAGCAUGUACUCGACUCACCCGGCUGCUCAUGAGCAGUACCCGGGCGGGGGCGGCGGCGGAGGGGCCGGCGGCAUAGGCAGGCCGUACGGCCCAUACCCACCGCAGCCGCAGCCCAAGGACCUGGUCAAGCCGCCCUACAGCUACAUCGCGCUCAUCACCAUGGCCAUCCAGAACGCGCCCGAGAAGAAGAUCACGCUGAACGGCAUCUACCAGUUCAUCAUGGAGCGCUUCCCCUUCUACCGGGACAACAAGCAGGGCUGGCAGAACUCCAUCCGGCACAACCUCUCGCUCAACGAGUGCUUCGUCAAGGUGCCCCGCGAUGACAAGAAGCCCGGCAAGGGCAGCUAUUGGACCCUCGAUCCGGAUUCGUACAACAUGUUCGAGAACGGCUCUUUCCUCCGCCGCCGCCGCCGCUUCAAGAAAAAAGACGCCGUCAAGGACAAGGAGGAGAAGGAGCGCCUCCAGCUGAAGGAGCCGCCGCCGCCGCCGCGGCACCAGCCGCAAGAGGGAGGCCAGCAGCAGCAGCAGCCGCCACCGCCGCCUCCCCCCGUCAGACUUCAGGACAUCAAGACGGAGAACGGCUCGGCGUCUCCCCCGCAAGCCUUGUCCCCGCUGGGAGGAGCGCCGGUGCCCAAGAUCGAAAGCCCGGAGAGCUCCAGCACCAGCAGCCUCUCCAGCGGGGGAGGAGGAGGAGGAGGAGGCAGCCCGCGAGGUGGCCGAGCGCUGGGCUUGGAAUCCAGCGGGGCAGCCGAGUCCCAGCCGCAGAAUCAGCACCACCCCCAUCAUCCUCACCCGCACCCCCACCACCAUCAUCCGCACCCCCACCACCACGCUGCCCUCCAUCACCCCCCGGCGCACCAUCAUCCAGGCGGCGGGGGCGGCUUCAGCGUGGACAACAUCAUCAUGACUUCCCUGCGCACCUCCCCUCAGGGCGCCUCCGCCGAGCUCCUGGCUUUGCCACCGUCCGCCGCCUCAUCCGCGGCCUCCUCGGCCUCAUCCUCCUCCUCGUCCACCGCUUCCACUUCCAGGACGGCCGCUCUGGCCUUGAGCGGCGGCUGCUAUUCCCCGGCGGCGGCCGCGGCUCAGAGCUCGCUCUACAGCGCCCCCUGCAGUCAGGGCGUCAACACCACCACCAGCGCGGCCUCGCCGGCGGGCGGCGUCACCGCCAAUACUAGCAGCAGUUACCACUGCAACUUGCAGGCCAUGAGUCUCUACGCGGCCGCCGCCGCCGCCGCUGCCGCGGCCUCAGGGGGAGGGACGGGGAUCAACAGCGGAGGGGACCGAAGCGGCGGGGGCCACUUGGGCAGCAGCCCCGUCGAGCCGGACCCGCUGCCCGAGUACAGCCUGGCGGCCAGCAGUAGCAGUAGCGCCUCUUCCCUCAGCCUGAGCCCUCAGGAGGGGCACCCUCAAGGCGGCGGCCGCUUGGCCUCUUGGUACCUCAACCAAGCCUCGGCGGUGGGCGAGCUGACGCAUUUGGGCCCCGCUUCGGCUACGUCGGCCUCCUCCCCCUCCUCGUCGGCGGGCUACCCGGGCCAGCAGCAGAACUUCCACGCCGUGAGGGAAAUGUUCGAGUCCUCCCAGCGGCUGGGCUUGAACAACUCUCCCGGCGGCAAUGGCAGCGGCGCGGCGAGCAGCUGCCAAAUGGCCUUUCCCGCCAGCCAAAGCCUUUAUCGCCCUUCAGGCGCCUUCGUCUACGACUGCAGCAAGUUUUGACCGCCGGCAGCGGGGGAAGGGAAAGGAGGCGCCGAGCCGAGCGGCUUAUAUAAAGAACUCCCAUUCGGGCCCUCCCCGGCCUUCCUUCCCCCACCGAACCAAAGAGGGGGAAAAAAAACCCCCAAAACUUUAUUCCGUGCAAAGGCAACAUUUGCGCAGUAGAUAAUUAUUAAGUCGUGGUUUGUUUUAAGGACAGUGUUACACCAAAUAACACGUAAGUUUGUAUGCUUUUCUCCCCCCCCCCCACCACCACACUCCCUUUUGCCUUUGAAAACUGCCUCCCUCUCCCGUCCAUCCCCAACAAGCGGCCCUCAAGUUUCCCAUCUGCGCGCCCUUCCUGCGCCAGACUGCUUGGGUGGCUGCCUGCCUUGCGCUUGACUGGUUGGAUGGCGACCCGAGGAGGCGCAUCCCCGCAACUUGAGCGCGCAAGGCAGGCCGCGAAACGAGACCUCCCCAGCCACCCCCCCACCCCCGUGGCUCCCCACCCGGGUGGGAGUUUUGCCGUUGGAUUUCAGUGAGGGCCUCUCGCCCCUCUUUGGAAAAGGCGCUGCGCCUUUUCCAAAAAGCUGUAAGAAGUUUUUUUGCCCGUUGACUCGUACGCAACCUGGAUUGCGCAGUACACGUGUUGUUUCUUCUCUCCUUUUUCUUCCCUUUUUCUCUCGCUUCCCUCUCCUCCUUCCCCACCCCCACCCCCCCACCCCGUAAAGGGCUGUUUUAUACGCAAAGACUUGUUUUAAAGUGUAAAUGGAACAUAGUAAUUUAUUUUUAAAUCUGUUGUUGGAUCGUUCGGACCAAACACCAAAAAUGUUUGCCCCUCUCCUUUAUCAGAAAAAAACAAAAAACAAAACUGACUUUAAAAUGACCCGAAACGCUCAUUUUUUUCUUCUUCCAUUAUAUAAGAAAAAAAGGGGGAUUGUAUUAAUCUUAUUUUAUCAUUUUAUCAUUUUUCCUUUUGUUGUUGUUGUCGUUGAAGAUACCUUGAAGUUACUGACUUUGUUUAUUAAUAAAUUACCAUUCCAUUGGACCAAGA